GGAGGCGGAGGGGAGGAGGGCUGCGGGGCUGGGGCGUUAGCUGCGUCCCGGCUCGGAGCCCGCGAAGAGGACUAGGAGGAAGGCGCCGCCGUGGCCGCGGCCGCAGUGCUCCGGGCGCGACAAGCCAUGAGCAGCGGCCCCGCGGGCGACCCCGCCGUCGCUGGCCGUCGCUGAGCCGGCCGGGAGACAGCUCGCCGUUCCCCAGCGCCCUCCCCAGCCGGCACCCUCGCGCCCAGAGCAACAUGAUUCCGGUGACGGAAUUCCGGCAGUUCUCUGAGCAGCAGCCUGCCUUCCGGGUGCUGAAACCGUGGUGGGAUGUGUUCACCGACUACCUUUCGGUGGCCAUGCUAAUGAUCGGUGUGUUCGGAUGUACUUUACAGGUCAUGCAAGACAAGAUAAUCUGCCUUCCGAAAAGAGUUCAGCCUUCUCAGAACCACUCUUCCGUCUCGAAUGUCUCUCAAGCAGUUGCCAGUACCACCCCACUGCCUCCACCUAAACCAUCUCCUACCAACUCCGUCCCGGUGGAAAUGAAAGGACUGAAGACGGAUUUGGACCUUCAGCAGUACAGUUUUAUAAACCAGAUGUGUUAUGAGCGAGCCCUCCACUGGUAUGCCAAGUAUUUCCCUUACCUUGUCCUCAUCCAUACCCUGGUCUUCAUGCUCUGCAGCAACUUUUGGUUCAAAUUCCCUGGUUCCAGCUCCAAAAUAGAACAUUUCAUCUCAAUCCUGGGGAAGUGUUUUGACUCUCCUUGGACCACACGGGCUUUAUCUGAAGUGUCUGGGGAGGACUCAGAAGAAAAGGACAACAGGAAGAACAACAUGAGCAGGUCUAACACCAUCCAGUCUGGUCCAGAAGGUAGCCUGGUCAACUCUCAGUCAUUAAAGUCAAUUCCUGAGAAGUUUGUGGUUGACAAAUCCACUGCAGGGGCUCUGGAUAAGAAGGAAGGCGAGCAAGCGAAGGCCUUAUUUGAGAAGGUGAAGAAGUUCAGGCUGCAUGUAGAAGAAGGUGAUAUACUAUAUGCUAUGUAUGUGCGCCAGACUAUACUUAAGGUUAUAAAAUUCUUAAUCAUCAUUGCAUAUAAUAGCGCCCUGGUUUCCAAAGUCCAAUUUACUGUGGACUGUAAUGUUGAUAUUCAGGACAUGACUGGAUAUAAAAACUUUUCUUGCAAUCAUACCAUGGCACACUUGUUCUCAAAACUCUCCUUUUGUUACCUGUGCUUUGUAAGUAUCUAUGGAUUGACAUGCCUUUAUACAUUAUACUGGCUCUUCUACCGUUCUCUAAGGGAAUACUCUUUCGAGUAUGUCCGGCAGGAGACUGGAAUUGAUGAUAUUCCAGAUGUAAAGAAUGACUUUGCUUUUAUGCUUCAUAUGAUAGAUCAGUAUGAUCCUCUGUAUUCCAAGAGAUUUGCAGUGUUCCUGUCUGAAGUGAGUGAAAACAAAUUAAAGCAGCUCAACUUAAAUAAUGAGUGGACUCCCGAUAAACUGAGGCAGAAGCUACAGACGAAUGCCCAUAACCGGCUGGAAUUGCCUCUUAUCAUGCUCUCUGGCCUUCCAGACACUGUUUUUGAAAUCACAGAGCUGCAAUCUCUGAAACUUGAAAUCAUUAAGAACGUAAUGAUACCAGCCACCAUUGCACAACUAGACAAUCUCCAAGAGCUCUCUCUACACCAGUGCUCCGUCAAAAUCCACAGCGCGGCACUCUCUUUCUUGAAGGAAAACCUCAAAGUCUUGAGCGUCAAGUUUGAUGAUAUGAGGGAGCUGCCCCCUUGGAUGUAUGGACUUCGGAAUCUGGAAGAGCUGUACCUGGUUGGCUCUCUAAGUCACGAUAUUUCCAAAAAUAUCACCCUUGAGUCUCUGCGGGAUCUUAAAAGCCUUAAAAUUCUUUCUAUCAAAAGCAACGUUUCUAAAAUCCCUCAGGCAGUUGUCGAUGUUUCCAGCCAUCUCCAGAAGAUGUGCAUACAUAAUGAUGGCACCAAGCUGGUGAUGCUCAACAAUCUAAAGAAGAUGACCAACCUGACAGAGCUGGAGCUGGUCCACUGUGACCUGGAGCGCAUUCCUCACGCUGUGUUUAGCCUGCUCAGCCUCCAGGAAUUGGACCUCAAAGAAAAUAAUCUGAAAUCCAUAGAAGAAAUCGUUAGCUUUCAGCACUUGAGAAAGUUGACAGUGCUAAAACUGUGGCAUAACAGCAUCACCUAUAUCCCAGAGCAUAUAAAGAAACUCACCAGCCUGGAGCGUCUGUCCUUUAGUCACAAUAAAAUAGAGGUGCUGCCUUCCCACCUCUUCCUAUGCAACAAAAUCCGAUACUUGGACUUGUCCUACAAUGACAUUCGCUUUAUCCCACCUGAAGUCGGAGUUCUACAAAGUUUACAGUAUUUUUCCAUCACUUGUAACAAAGUGGAGAGCCUUCCAGAUGAACUCUACUUCUGCAAGAAACUUAAAACUCUGAAGAUUGGGAAAAACAGCCUAUCAGUACUUUCACCGAAAAUUGGAAAUUUACUAUUACUUUCCUACUUAGAUGUUAAAGGCAAUCACUUUGAAAUCCUCCCUCCUGAACUGGGCGACUGUCGGGCUCUGAAGAGAGCUGGUUUAGUUGUAGAAGAUGCUCUGUUUGAAACUUUGCCUUCUGAUGUCCGGGAGCAAAUGAAAACAGAAUAACUUAUUUUUGUUUAAAGUUUGACUGACAUGCUUCUACCAAAUACAGUAUAAAUAAUUAGAUAGUCUUAAUGCCUUUCCUAUUUUAUUUUUAUUUUUUCUUUUUCACACGAAACAAAAUGUACACAAAGAUUGAGUAAGGAGUAUGUGUUUUUUAAUAAAAAUUUAAUUGUAUUUUUUCAACAUUAAUAUUUUAAAGAUUUAUUUGUCCUGAAACGUAAUGUAUC